UUCGACAUUCCACGAAGGAUGAUAAAUGUAUUAUUAUUAUUACUACUGAUACACCUUUUCAAUUGCUUACUUAAUAUUUAAGUAAUAUUUAUAUACCGUACCACUGAUGUCUGAUACUGUGUUAUGUUCAUCGAAGGUGCAAACGCCAGCUCUGCUCUCUCUCAACUUAAACACGCCCAUGCUUAUUAGUAUUAUGUUAUUAUACUUAAUGGCUGUUGAACAUUCGAUGUUUAAUAAUACCCAUUGUGUUGAGUAAAUGUUUAAAGACCUUGCAAGUUGCAGUCCACCCCUGCGAAGACCACGAUAAAGUGAAGUGAGAAAGAAUUCUUUGAAAAUUCAAUAUAUUUAAGCAGAAAUGUCUGUACUUCAAUAUCAAGAAGAUGGUGUAUUUGACGAAGCAUUUAAACAUUUGUUAAAUCCUAUUGAAUCAAUUGCAAUAAAAGACGAAUGUGAAGUUCUUCAAUAUGAUCUUACCAAGGUAUUGGAUUCUUAUUUAAAUCACUUGAGAAAAUCUCCAAAUGAUAGUUCUUCAGUUUUUGUAGAAGCUGCUAUAAUUAUUCAAAAUAUUUCACUUAUUUAUCAAAAAAGAGUUGAUGUCACAAUCAAUGCCAUGAUGAAACUUAUUGGGAAAUUUCGAUCUUAUCGAUUAUAUGAAAAUAUUGAUCCAGACUAUUAUACAGAGAAGAGGGUAGGAAAUAAAAAGAAUAAAAUAAAUAAAAAGAUCAAAUGUUAUUCUUCUUUUGGCCCAAUUGAAGGUCAAAUUGUUGGAACAUUGAAAAUUUUUGAUUGCAAACAAAUAAAUUUGGGUAAAAAACCACGAGUUACAAAAAUUAUUUUAAACACCAAUAUUAAAGUAGAUAACAAAUAUAGUAAAAUAUUGCCUUAUAUUUGUAAUAAAAAUGGAGAAAAUAUUGGGAAAAAAUAUGAUUUUAAGAUUAAUUUUCCUCUGGAUUAUGAUUUGGCUGUAAAUGAAGAAUUUCAUUUUCCCACUAAAGAAGACUCAAAAUCUAAAAAUCUUAUCAAUUAUCGAAAUAAUACUAAUGCAAAGCUAACAUUACCAAUGAAUUUAUUGAAUGUUGAUGGAAUACUACCAAGUGCUUCCAACUCGGUAAUUUUUUAUCAGAAUGUUACUGAUGAUAUUUGCGUUGUUAAUGAAAUGUUACCAAAUCCAAUAGACAUGUUAAGUGCUAAUCAAAUAACUCCAAAUAAUGAUAACAAUGGUCCGAGAGCUAAAGUUUUAAAUGCCAAGAGUGAUUUUAAUACAGACAAACGUUUUGGGGAAACAAAUGAUUCCCCCAAAAAAGGUAGAAAAUUAUUAUUGUCUACGUGUAUAAAUACAAAAUUGCAUUCCUUGGUUCAUGAUGAGGAAGUGGAAAAAAUAAUAAAAAAUGAUGAACCAAUUGAACAUUUUCAAACAUAUCAAAGGAAUUCAAUGGAACAUUUUCAAACAUUUCAAAGCAAUUCUAUUGAAAAUCUUCAAACGUAUCAAAGAAAUUCGAUAGAAAUGCAAGAUUAUGAAAAAAAUCAAAUGAGAACGAUGAAUGAUCAAUUGGAAAUGCAAAAACGAGUUCAAGAAUGGCAUGAUAAACUUAGACCGAUUUUGGAAAACGAAGAAAAAAUGAUUGAAUUUGAUGUACACAAAUAUGGAACACAUAUAUUAAGCUGCUUUGAAUCUAUUGGGGAACAAAAACUAUUCAAAAAUUUAGUAGCAGGAAUUAACAAAGAAGAAGUUGCUCGAUAUUAUUUAUCUUUGUUAAUGAUGGUAAAUACAAAUAAUUUAGAAAUAUCAAAUCAUACUGAUGGAAAUGAACUAUUGAUAAAACUAUUAAAAAAAGAACGCCAUCACGAAGAACUACAAUUUAAUAUUGAGAAUCUAGUAAAUAAAAAA